CAACUAGUCUACACAAAGGAAUAAAAGUACUUAACAAAGUUAUCUUGCUAUUGACAAAACUAGACGCACCAUGGAAUGAAGUUGAUAUGCAGACCUCUAAUAUGCAAUCCACAAUAUUAAAAGUAAAAGCGGCUAGAAAAACGAUACAAAAAGCAAGAAAACUAGAGAAUUUAGCAGCGAAGAGAGAUCAAAUUAAUAAACAUAUUGAAAGAAGAUAUACAAAUUUCAAAAAAAAUAUGAAGAGCAUAGUAAACAGUAUAACAAAGAGGGUAAAGACAAGAGUAUCUUUUGACAACAUUAUAACACCAACAGAAGUAAUAACAGAUAAAGACAAAAUAAAAAGAGAGACAAGAGAUUACUUUAAAAGAUGGACACAGAGAAAUCUAAUGAACUACGAGAGAUGGAAUGAAUAG